GUGCAACAGUCGACAUUAUGAUGCUAAGUCUACGACCUGCAACAGUCGACAUCAUGAUGCUAAGUCUACGACCUUCGAGUUCGAACUGGUUGGCUCCUGCAGUGGGACGGGUAUGUAGUAGACACAACCGGGUAACCAUGAUUCAAAUUCUGCGUUUGAGUUGGCCGCUCUGGACUCUUCGUAUUGGGAUUCGUUCCAUGCUCUGAUACUAAUAGGACUCAGACGAGGGAGGACAUGGGGGAAGGUCGGUGUACUAGUGAUGACAUGUCGCAAAUCAAUCGGACACACUCGGAGCGUCUGAAGGUCUGGUCACUGCGAGAAAACCAAUGCAUUGAGCGUGUCCAUGACAGAUAUCACUAAAGCCACUCAGUGGUCUGUGGCAUAUACACUUGUUACGAACGUGUUGUACAUUACGAUUAAAUUAGACUAAAGAAACUGUGGAUGGCUAUGAGGGCAACGUGGA